GUAAGUCUUCUCUAUUACUACUAUUACUACUACAUUGGAAGAAUGUCCGGCAUGUUAAGGAACACUUUGCAUCCCCUGAUGCAAGCAUUGAACCCUUAAAGGGAACCAUCAAUUACCUGUUAAUGUGACGUCAUAUUUUCUCUCUCAACGACGAGAGAUUGGAAGUGCCUCAGUAUUUGUAGGACUACGCAUAUUCCUAAAUAAAACAUACACUAUGGAAGCUGCUGCCAAAGUUACUGCUGAGAAGAAGCCCAAUUCUGGAGCCUCUCAACUAGUAAAGGACAAGACUGCUGACCCUGUCAUGCUGGAUAAGCUAUUGGAAAUGGGAAUGGGGAAACGUUUAGCGAAGAAGGCAUUAGUGUGUACUGAAAACAAGAGUUUGGAUGCAGCUUUAGCAUGGAUAGCUGAACUCGGAGCUGAAGAAAUGGAAGCCCUCUGUGAAAGUAGUGAUAAUGACUCUGCAGACAGUGAUGAGUGGGAAGAUUUUGAUGAGGAAGAUGACGUUUGUUACAAAAUGGUUUUUGUUGUCAACACAGAACUAAACAUGGGUGUUGGAAAAGUUGCAAGUCAGGUAGGGCAUGCUGCACUAGGCCUGUACCGGCUAUUGAUGGAGGACAAAGACAAGUAUGAGGCAAGCCUAGAGGAAUGGGAAGAAUUUGGGGAAAGAAAAAUAACUCUCAAAGCCAAACAUUCUAAGGAACUGACAGAGCUCCAGAAGAAAGCAGAGACUCUCCACCUUCCAACGUACCUGGUACAAGAUGCAGGGAAGACGCAAAUUCCAAUGGGAUCCACGACAGUCUUAGCAAUUUUUGGCGAUGAGGCAGCUGUCAAUGAAGUUACUGGAAAGUUGAAGCUUUUGUGACAGUCUCAUGAAGCAUUGUGUCUUUGAAAGGAAUCUGAGUCUUUUGCUUUAGGUUUAUAAGGACAUUAAAUGUGAUUAGUUUUUAAGAUGUCUCCAGAAUUUAAGUUGUAAUUGUUACUUCAGUUUUGUUUUGGAAAGGUGCCAGAAGCUCAAUGGGAUGCAACACACAGGGAAAAAAGCAACCAAAGGGACUCAUAAGUAAGUAUACAUACUUUUGACUACGGCACCUUAACUGCAAAUGGUGCAUGAUGUGUAUUAUUCUUUCCUUAAUACAUAAGAAUAUAAUAUUCACUGUUUUGUUAUUAAAGUGUGUGUAACAGUUAGCUCAAGUCCUUAUGAUACUCCACUGUAUACUGAUCAUUUUCAAGUUGUGAUAUUUAUAAAGUUUAUGAAUGUGCUGAGGGAGCACUCUCAGGCUGAUGGGUGAAAUCUGUCUUUGACUUUUUAUCGGGUAUCUUUAAGAGCCAUAACAAUGACUAAUGGCAACUCGAAUGUUAACUUAUGAGAAUGAAAAUUAUAUCUAUAGGCUUUUCCAUAUUUUUUCCAUAAUAAAUAUACUGUACCCUGUAUGGUAUAAA